UACCCACUGCACCACCAUGCCACCUACACUAAAAGUAGUUUGUCUGAAACAAUAUGGUUUGUGUGUGAUGUCUGUACCUAGCAAAUAAUGGAGGUCUAUGCUUUUUCAUUUUUUAAAAGGGUUACUUCAGUGCAUCCUUCAAUAAACUAAUGUCAUAUACCAACCAUCUCAGCGCACUGACUACAUUCGUGGUGAGGUAAGAUUGUAUUUUUUUUUUUUUGCUCAUUUUGCAAGCACUUUGCUAUCCAAAGCAGCUUACAGCUGAGCAAAGCAGAUCAGGAUUAAGGGCACUGGUCAGUGUCCAGACUUUGGCAGCUUGAUUGCCCUGGGAUUCAAACACACAACCUUCUGACCAGUAGCUCAGAGCCCUAACCUCGAAGUCAUAAGCGAUCGCAACAAUUCUUACUUCUCUCUGAACUGUGCCUUUACACUGAAUCUUUACCUCCACGACGUGUAUAUCCUGGACUCAAACUGUUUUAACAAGUCGUGUCGUUUCUGGAAUAAUAAUAAGCACCCUUGAGAUCUCGCGUGAACACAUUUGCCUAAACGUGACGUCGGAGGCUGUUGUGCGUCUGAUGUCACAAAGCUGCGUUGGGGGUGAUUUGGCUACUCGAUGUCAUCUGAGAAGUGUAUCAGGAGAAUUUUUUUAUUAUUAUUAUUCCCUUUCCGUUGUUUUUUUUAUUUUAUUUAAAUUUUAUUUAAAUUGUCAGAUAGUAUUUUGAUCAAGUCGUCACUAAAUGAGGAGUCUCGACACAACCCUGAAGCGGUUCCGUAGCGCAUCCGCGGCUCGUCUCGAUGCUCCGGCGUUAGCUCGCGUUGCGUGCAGAUGCGCUUCCAGCAGAGGAGCUUGGAGCGAGUAGGAGGGGGCAUGAACACACCGCCGAGGAGGAGGAGGAGGAGGAUGGAUCUCCGCUCGCAUAACGGUAUCGCUCGGGAUCAACAAACAGCGUUCUCCGCGUCAUUCUGACUUUCUCGCGUAUCGCAUAUCGGUCACACGGCUGAAACCGUCGCCUUCAAACGCGUUUCCAGAUGGGUGUUCGGGUGUCGAGUGGUUGUAGGCCCGCCGUCCGGCGCUCGGAUCCCCACACCGGGGCCGUGUUGUGCUAGCUAACGCUGCUCCUGCUAGCCGCGCUCACCGAAUGCCGCUGCACCGAAUGAGUCUCGGGCCCUCAGCAGCGACACACCACUUCCUAACGGAUACACAAACGCUAACAGCCGUGUCCUGAGAUGUAAACGCGGUUCUUGUCUCGCGGGUGGACCAUAUAGUAGCAGGACGGAACGCAAGCCGCGCAGUGAUGUGGCUAAACCGCGUCUGAGCGUUUCUCAAGCCGGAGAGCUCGGGCUAAAACCGCUCCCCUGAACCACUCGCACUUUUCAGGACAAAUUCCCCUCAGCAGCUCACCUCCACACAAACUGACAUGGAUAAACUGACCAUCAUUUCAGGGUGUCUCUUUCUGGCUGCGGAUAUAUUUGCCAUAGCAAGCGUCGCAAACCCGGACUGGAUCAACACUGGCGAAUCUGCGGGUGCGCUGACUGUUGGUUUGGUGAGGCAGUGUCAGACUAUUCACGGCCGAGACCGAACCUGCAUCCCGCCUCGAUUGCCGCCCGAGUGGGUCACCACGCUGUUCUUUAUCAUCAUGGGCAUCAUCUCCCUCACGGUUACCUGCGGCCUCCUGGUGGCAUCACACUGGCGCCGAGAAGCCACGAAGUACGCGCGGUGGAUAGCCUUCACAGGAAUGAUCUUGUUCUGCAUGGCAGCGCUCAUCUUCCCCAUCGGCUUCUACAUUAACGAAGUGGGUGGCCAGCCGUACAAGCUGCCCAACAACACGGUGGUGGGCUCAUCCUACGUGCUCUUCGUGCUCUCCAUCUUCUUCACAAUAGUAGGGCUGCUGUUUGCGGGGAAAGUGUGCCUGCCUGGCUGAGGAUGCCGUUUUCUCCAGGGAUCCAGAAGUCCAGGAGCUUUUGGAUAUUUUUUUUUUUCGAAGAGGAACAAAAAAAAUAAUAAAUAGCAGUGCUUGCUGUCUAGGAGAGCCGUCAAACGUGGGAUGGCGACACUCCAGCUUAACAACUAACUCCUGAAAACGCCAGUGCACUGACUCUGCACAGCUUGUGGGUCCUGUCAGCGUCCCCCAGAAACCAACCUAGGCUUAUUCGUUGCGCCUGUCUUUACGUUGCACUCCGGAUUGUCCGUCCAACGCGGGACAGAGGAGCCUCGGAGGGGCAUCACCCGCGUUCCAGGUGAUUUGAAGGCUCGCGAUGAUUUCAUGCUUAUUUUUGUCCCUCAUGAGCAUUUUUUUUGUUCAGUUACUAUUAUUUUACUCCAGCAUUGUACAGUUUUGUAUGGAUAGCACGCCUGCGUUUGCUAAAAGGAAGACGCGAGGCUCCACAACGAGUUCAUCAGUCCCUCACUGUGCUCCAGAGCAGAGGAUGAAAAGGGAUGUGCAUAUGUGAACGAACACAUUUUGUUAGAAACACUACAGGAAACAGAAGCACUAGGACUGCCGGUCAGGACCCUGUGAGGCCGUGCCUCACUGUGCUAACUCCCUCAUCUGAGAGCCUUGUUACACACACACACACAAACACACACACACACACACAGACAGACAGACAGACAGACAGAGGGGGGGGGAGGGGGGUCUGGUGACCAAAAUGAACUGCUACCUGCCCUUGUAUGCGUCCUGGGCUCCAUCAGGUCAGUGUUCGAGAAGGCCAGAGAGAGAGAGAGAUCUGUUCUGUCCUUUAACCUGAUUACUUACCACCCCCACCCCACCCCCCUCCGUUGUCCUGAUUUGUUCUUCUGACACUCGGGAUAUGUUCGGUGUUAUUUGAUAACGUGCCAUGAAUCUGUUUCUGUUGCAUCAGUACUAAGGGCAGACUCAGUUAGAGGGAGCACUGUGCAGUAAAGCCAUUAGUAUUUGAAACACCGCAGAUGUACAAAAAAAAGAGAGACCUCCUUACCUCAUUGUUUUUGUAAUUCAAAAAAAGAAAAAAUUCUUCCUUUGCUAACCACGACGUUGUGUGCCCUGUAUGUAAGUUAUAUCUUGCCUUGGUCAGAGACAUUUAUCGAAAAAAGAAAAAAAAAAAUGCUGUGAUCAUUGCAAAUUAUUUAUCUGACACUGAAUAACAGGAGAAGAAGAAUGUGUGUGAGACAUCCUUUCUUUUUGAAGUAAUCCUUCUUUUAAACCAGUGUAUCAUGCAAGAGUGUAUAUUUACAAGGACUCUGAAUCUGUAUUAUUUUGACGUUCGUAUGAAUUGAAGGUCAGUUUUCUCCUUACGAACGGUUGCUCUGUAUUAAAUAUGUUGUUCUUA